UUACGUGCAAACAGCCCCGCCCGUGGUUUCCUCUUCGACUUCAGUGAGAACAUUUAAAAGCUGCUCAACAACAUCCUUCUCAGCAAAGCAGGACAUCGUUGAACCCAUCGCAACGUCGAGGAAACAGCUUAAUAAUGAGUGCCGCUCAGAGUCCAACAACACUGGCGUCCAAACUGGAAGCCCUGCAGUGCCACUUCACCUGGGAUCUGGACCCCAACAGGUCCAAACUUCUCCGGCUCAGGGACAAGCUGGAGGACAUCGGCACCGAGGAGGGAAACAGCUGGCUGGGUCACAUUUACAACCUGCGGGGGUUCAUUCAGUACCAGCUGGGGUUCACAGAAGACGCCCAGAGUUUGUUCAGCAGGGCUGCAGAGGCCUUCCGCCAGAUGAGGAACUCAGAUGAGGGUCCCUGGUUGGUGGUGCACUACGGGAACAUGGCUUGGCUGCAGCACCACCUGGGAGACCAAGCAGAGAGUCAGGCUCACCUGACAAAGGUCGACACCCUGAUGGAAAAAUACCCAUCUCCAUCCCAGGACGAGCUCCAUCCGGAGAUCUACGCUGAGAAAGCCUGGACCCUGAUGAAGUUCGGCGCCGAUAAAAAGCGUCUGGCUGCAGAUUACUUCCAGAGAGCCAUCAGGAUGCAGCCGGACAUGGUGGAGUGGAACACCAGCCACAUCUUAGGGUUAGUGAGUGCUUUAAAGCACAGCAACACGGGGCUGAAGGCUGACAUCUUGGAGAACAUGAGACUCGCCAAGGAACAGGAUCCAGAGAACUUGUACCUCGCUGUUCACUACCUUGAGCAAUGUGGUAAGAAAGGAGACAGGAUUGAAGAUGAGGCACGCGAGUUAGGCAGAAAGGUUGUGAGAAAUCCUCUCGGCAGCUACAGCGGGAUGAAAGCGGUGCUGAGGGUUUACAGAAACUACGUAUCUGUCGAUGAGGCCAUUGAUUUGGCAGAGGAGGCUCUGGAACAACAUCCAGAUGAGCGUUAUCUGAAGAGAUGCGUGGCCCUCUGCUACAAAUGGAAGAUCAUUUUUUUCAGAGAGAGUCACCCAAAACAAAGCAUGAUAGACCGAGCGAUCAGUCUCCAUAAGGAGGUCAUUUCUCUUUACCCCCAUUCUUCGCUCGUGAAAAAAAUUGAUCUCGCAAACAUAUACGCAAAGUCCCAUCGUGACCAGGCUAAAGCUGAGGAGAUGUACCAGGAACUGCUAGACAGUGAUCUGGAACCUGCAGAUAAACAGAUGCUCUACAACAACUACGCAAAAUAUUUAAACUUCGAUCGACGAGAUAGCAACGGCUCAGUGAAAUAUCACAUGAAGGCGGCUGCGAUACCGCAACAGUCCUUCUUUCGAGAGAACAGCAUCAGAGUUCUGGAGAAGCUUAAAGACAGGAGGAGGAACCGCAUGUGCAGAGAAAUAGAGCUGUUUCUGGCAAACCUGCAAGAGCCGUAGUGUUUUUAACAGCUCUGGGUCAAAUUCCACAAAGAAAUGUAGGUAGUGCAUUACCUAAAAUAUCUUUACAUACAUUCAUAUCUUUACAUACACAUUAGGAAAACUUGUGGAAAAUUUUAAGUUAAAAUGGAAAUGACCCACUAAUCGCAGUGCCACAGGAAGUGAUGUUUGGCCCCAUUCAAUGCAAAUAAUGAGUGCAGAUUUACUUCACCUCUGAUGGCGAUUCCACUGAAAAUAAUUGCUUUUGUGCUAGAAAGCUGAUAAAGCGCCCUCUUGCGUGCCUUUUCCAGUGCAGGAAAGGUGAUGCAGUGCCAUAUACACUGAUCAGCCAUAACAUUACGACCGCCUGCUGGUCUCCCUUUCGCCGCCAAAACAGCCCUGACCCGGAUCGGACCACACGGCCAAGCCUUUGCAGUCCGUGACCCCGUUGCCGUUUCACAGCUUUUCCUUCCUUGGACCACUUUUGAUAAGUACUGACCACUGCAGACCUUUUUGGAGAUGCUCAAAUCCUUACGCUGCCCAUUUUAGCUCCUAUUUGUUUUUUGUCAGUGGUCAUGAUGUAAUGGCUGGUGGGUGUAGACUCCUCUACAUCCUAGAAAAGGUUUCACCAUAAAUGCAUUAUGACUUUCUCCAUGCUCUUUUCUUCACCUAUUAUAUUUAGAGUAUAUCCUUUAAAGGCAGGUUUCAAGAAGUUUUUACACUAUAAUUCAGCUAUUGGAAAACAAAGGCUGUUUAAAAUCUAAAAACGUUUACACUGUAUGGGCCUUUAAAUAACAUCCACUGUGGACAAUAAUUCAGUAAACUACAUUAUUAAUUAAAAGAUUUUGAUGAGAUGUUUUUUAAAACUUUAAACUAUCUAUAACCCUGCUGUUUACUAUAUUGUUAUUUUUAUUGUUUAUGUAAGAACCUAAUGCACUCUGUAUGAAAUCUGCUUUGCUGUAAGCUUUGGAGUAGUGAAAAUAAAACUUUCUGCUAAGGAAUGUAAUAGUUAACGAUGUAAAACCCAAAUAUUAUUGCCAGAUGCAACUGACUGAAAGCAUAGAAAGUUGGUCAAGUUGUCUCAUAUACACAAUACUAAUAAACAUGUACGCUAAGAAA